UUUCCUCCUUUAAGGUUCUCCUGAGAUCUCCCUAUGUUUGAGCGAGUUUCUAGACAUUGGUCCUGCUACCUCCCUCGAGGCUUGGUGUUUGAUGGCAGAGCUGUGGUGUAAAGUACAUUGUUGUCAUGUGCCAGUGCUUCUCCUUCCCCACAGGCACAGGCAAAGGAGGAUCCAGCAUCUGGGGCAGGAAGUUUGAAGAUGAGUUCAGUGAACAUCUCAAGCACAAUGUCCGAGGAGUAGUUUCCAUGGCAAACAAUGGCCCCAACACCAAUGCCUCCCAGUUUUUCUUCACGUAUGGGAAACAGCCUCAUCUGGACAUGAAGUACACAGUGUUUGGAAAGGUGAUCGAUGGGCUGGAAACACUCGAUGAGCUGGAGAAGCUUCCUGUGAAUGAGAAGACAUUUCGUCCUUUGACUGACGUACACAUCAAAGACAUUGUUAUUCAUGCCAACCCUCUGGCAUUCUGACCUUGAGCUGGGCCAACAGGCUGGAGCUGAGCAGGACAGUGGGGCUACACCCAGGGAGAGUGAAGCUGGGGUCAGAGAUACUGGUGCCAUCAAUGAUUCGCCAUCAGACCUCCACUCUCGAAUGGAUCUGCAUGGACCAGGGGCUAAUGGGGGUGCUGGGCAGUGGUCUCAACCCUCUACCCUCACCACCACCUCUUUACCCGUCUUCUUGAUCUCCCUCUUACCUUCCUCUUUCUUUCUGCUGUCUCUCUUUUUGGUACAGUUAUCUUCUCCCUGUCUUGUAGCCUCUCCCUCUUGAUAUACCCGGGGCUCUGUGGAUUUGCCCAGGUUCUGGGAAGCUGGUGGUGAUGCCCUGGUCAAGCUGAAAGCAAAAUUCCAUCAAUAGCAAGAAGUGAGUACGGAGGUGUUCUGUGCCAGCUGCAUUAGACGCCAGCUGACUGACCACAAGGGCAGUUAGUUGGUCCUCCCUUCAGUUGGCUUUCAGUUUCAGCAUCAAGCGUUGGACACGUGUGUGGAGUUCUGUGGGGUUCAGGUGAAAACAUGCUAACAUGAAACACGAGUCCUCCUCACAGAUAUUGACUGAGUUUUAAUACGGCCUUGCGUUUCCCUGGAGUCUGAGACCGUGGCCUGAAGAUUCUGGGCGUGCCCCUGUCUCCCCCUACAUUCCUGCGCCAUCCUCGCCCCCUCCCCCCCCACCUUGCCAUUGUACAGAUGAUGCAGCGCGAGGUUUGAAAUGCCUCAGUGGAACACAAGCAGUUUGAUGACUCUUGCGUAAAAUUAUUCAGCAUUUGCUUAAAGUGCUUUUAGUUUUAAACACAGCAGGUGGUCUAAAGUAGUCAUUGGUUAGACUGAUUUUUUUUAAUAUGUAAAUUGAAAUAAAUCUUGUUCCUGA